UUGAAAUUAUAUUGCCAUACUGUAUUUUCAUUACUGUUGCAAUAGUAAUCAUCUUUAAAAAUGAGUUUCUAUUUAAGUUUCGAAAUAUUACUUUGUUUUAUGAAUAUAAUUACUAUACCUACGUUUUCAGUUGAACCAACUUCCUUAAAUGAAGAAAACACUGUUGUUGGAGUACAACAAAUUAUAAGAUAUAUAUCAAGUGUUCAGUUAUUAGAUAAAAAACAAUUGAUAGUUAAUAGUAGAUAUUUAAAUGUUCAAUUUUACUACAAUCCAAUUGACGAAGAAUGGAAAAGAGAAAAAUGUAUACGUUUGGGAUUUACAUUUAAUGAACAUAAGGAAUUUAAUUAUAAUGAAGUUUUAUCGGACAACUUUAAUUUAUACAAAGUUUUGUCUGACUUAAUAUGUGGUGAUGAAAAAUUCAGUAUAAAACUACAAAAAAAAAUUUGUUUAAGCAUAAAAUCAAAUGAUCACAUUAAACAACUUUUUCUUGUGGAAGAAUCUUUUGAUGAUUAUUUAAAGGAUUUUAUAAAAUUUAUAGAUCCAGUUUUACCAUAUAAUGAAGAUGGAGCUGAAGAAUGUCCAAUUUGCUUUACAGAAUCUGAUAUCCCUGUAGUUUUGAAUAGUUGUCGCCACUCUUUCUGUUAUCACUGUAUUGAAAACCUUUUACUAAAAGACACAAAUAUAUGUCCACUUUGUAGAGCAGAUUUUAGUUUUUACUUGGACAAAGACGAAGGAAAUGUAAUUUCUGCAUGUGGUUAUAUGGACUUGUUAGCUGCAGCACAUUACCUGGAUGUGUGUAUUUUUGUACAUUAUAGUUUAAAUGUUUGGUUGUAUUUUGACAAAGACUAUACAUUAGAUAUGAAAGAGAAAAAGUGUAUUUAUUUAUAUGUAUAUAAUAAUACUUAUGGAAUUAUUACUAGCCCAGAAAUGCUAUUUUAUUUACCAUGAACAAGAAUUUGCUACAAUUUAAAGAAUGUUUAAGGAAGAAAAAUAGUAUGACAUAACCAUUUUUCUUCUAUACU